GAUGAUGAUGAUUACCGGCUCUUUCUACUUUCCUAAGUGGGCCAACUUCGGGCAAGCAGGGGCGGGGCUAAAGAAGGAGGGCCUCAAUUUUAAAAGGCACCGCCAGCCACAUGAGUGCACAACAAACGCAACAUGAGCCGCGACGAUGAAGCCAGCCACGUUUUCAUCCUCGAGAGGCAACGGCGAGAGCUGCUGAGCAUUAACCAGAAAUGGGCAAAAGAGUACAACAACAUGGUGGCCUACUACCAACGCAAGCUUCUAACUCUUCAGGCGUCACCAAAACAUCCAGAAAACGUCACAAAAGAAACAAAAUCACUGAGCAAACACCUACCUGAGGCUCUGGAAUCAAGACUCCCUUCAGGAACACUAAAGGAACGAGAAACGACUCCAAGUGACCUCUGGAGGCAUCAGGCGGAGGUGUUCAAGGAGGAUUUUGCCAAGGAGCGAAGGGACCGCGAAGAGCUGCAGCACAAAUACGAGGAGCUGAGCAAGAAACUGGUUUCAACCAGAAAUGAGUUGCACCACCUUAAAUCACAGGCCACUUGGACACGUAUUCUACAUCCGGUUGUGGAGUGCACGUGCCAACGGACCGACCAGCGCAACACUGGCUUCUGAAAGGGACAACAUCUAAUUGGAAAUCCUCAACAUCUGCAAGAGUGCUGAACAGUCUUCUGGUUGGUCAUCAACAAAUCUGAAAUUCCGCCACAGCAUUGUGAGGGAAAUCUCUGGCGCCCUCUAGCGGUCUUCCACUACAAUUACUAGUUAGUUUUCCCUUCAGGUGUGAGAAACAACAUGAAUACCUCGUAUGUUGAUAAAGUGUACACUUUUAAUACUCUUCAGACAAAUAAAGAACAUUUGCUUCUACCUCACAUGAAAAAAGGCACAAAUUGUCCUUGAUUGUCACAAGCACAUAUGAUUGUCUGUUGCAUUAUAAAUAGUCAUGUGGACGCUCGGUCCAAAACGGAAUAAUUUACAAAUGUGUCUUAUGGUAAAAAUGGGUGAGUUUAGAACAUUUUGAGUGGAUUAAAUUCGAUUUACUAGCUCGCAUAAACCAGAAAUGUUUUUAAAAUUCGGCAGAGGAACCAUCUGGACCAGAGGCUUUACUGUUGUGCAAUUCUGUGACAACUGACCGGCUGAAAUCUUGAAAAUAAAUACUUCCUUCAGCUCUU